AUGCAUAAGCACGGGCAAUUGGGCAUGGGCAUGAGGAUAAGGUGCCGCCUCAGGCCGAGCAGUCGCCGGCGAUGUCGACUUCUCGGCGGCGACACGGCCGCCUUCUGCGCCUCGCUCGUCGAGGGGCUGGCGCACCUCGAGAGCACGCUGGAGGUUGAUCAUCAGUCGGGGACGGUGUCCAUGCGGUGGUGCGCGGACGCCAUGAGGCUCGUCAAGCGGAUGCAGCGCGAGAUGCUGGCCAUCUUCAGGAAGGCCGACGUGCCGGUGGCCGUCUCCUCGUCCGGCGGCGGUGCCGCCGGGGACUGGUUCGAGCACUACAUGCAGGAGACGGAGGCGCUGCUCGACUUCUGCAACGCGUUCAAGGCCGCCGUGUCGCGGAUGCACCGCUACUGCAUGGUCGUCGACUUCGCCGCGCAGGUCAUCGUCGGCCGCGGUCGCGACGGCGGCGCCGGCGCAGCUGCCUCGCUCGUCGUGGAGAGCGCUGCCGAGCCCGAGCCGUGCCAGGCCCAGCCGUCGUCGGCCGCGUUCCGCGACAAUAUGGCGGACGCGAAGGCGGCGGUGGCCGAGGCGGAGCGGCUGGGGAGGGCGAUCAUCAUCUCCGGCGGCGGCGGGGACGACGCUGGCAGCAUGGUCGUCGUCACGCUCGUCGCCAAGAUCACGACGUCCGUCCUGUCCAUGUUCGUGCUCCAGGCUCUGACCGCCCCACCAGCCGCCGUCGACAACUGCGGCGUCCGGCCCACGAUCACCGCCUCCGCCGUCGACGUCGACGUCUUCCCGCCUGAGCUGGAGCCGUGGUGCGAAUCGCUGUCGUUGAUCCACGCCCGGUUCCCGAGCCCUGCGGCCGUGGCAGAGCACGAGAAGGUCGCCACGGCGGUGCGAGACCUCGUCAGUGGCAAGGUGGACGGCGGAGGCCGCGGCGAACAGCAGCAGGAAGAGCUGUUGAGGGCACGGUCAGGUGAGCUCAGGGAAGGCGUGGAGAUGUUCGACUGUGUUCUUGACGAAGUAUUUGAUGAGGUGAUCAGGGGAAGGAAUGAGAUGCUGGGGAUCCUCAGAGACAAGGCUCUAACCUGA